AUGCGAUCUCUCUCUCUCUCUCUCUCUCUCUCUCUCUCUCUCUCUCUCUCUCUCUCUCUCUCUCAUUGUGCUAUCGUCCGUGUCGAAACUUCAGCGCAGAUUUCAAACCUAAGCACAAGCAAUGGCACAUUUUCAACAACUCCGGCUAUCGUCACCACCGCUUCUGAAGUGGUCACUUCGACUCCAGUACCGCCGAAGCCGUUACCAAAGAACACAGAUAUUGGUCCUUGUCUUUGUGACUUGACAAUUAACAGCUGUGAUGUGAAUUGUUGCUGUGACAGGGAAUGCUCAUCUGAAGACCGUACUUCAUUCUCUGAAUGUAUCACCUUUAAUUCAGUUAUUGAUGACCGCCUGUGUUUCCAAGAAGACAUCUUCUAUGCAGUAAAUUCCAAACUAUAUUCAAACAGAUCUUCAAAUGGAAUCUUUUGCAUCUAUUAUGAUAACUAUCCUUCCAGAAAUUUCUAUAAAAAUCCUGAUUUGGUUACCAAUAUGAAUAUGUUUGAAGAAUAUGCUCGUAAAAAUUCAGUACCAUCAUUUCAACGCCGUCCUCAAACACCGAAAAUAUUUGCAGAAUUUUACAAGAGUGGUGAUCCGAUUCAGAUUAUAUAUGGAAAUGACACUCUGGGCUACCUACUUCUUCCAAGGGCACUUUCUUCUGAAUAUUGUACUGACUUCAACCCAGCAAGUUAUUUAUUUGACGAAACAUUUGAGUGUGUCCGUAACAUCCAAUCUCUUCCUUCAGAAUGUGAAAUGACUCCUGCCCUUAAAGCUUCAACUUAUUUUCAGGAUUUUAGCAUCAUUCCUUCACCUGGAAUUUUCAAAGAUUUGAAUAUCACUGAAGAGAAUAUUUCAACAGAGUUAAUUACUGAUUUGUACAACAAUAAUCUAACUGUUCCAUUUGCCAAUGUCACCUUCUGUAACGACUUCCAGUGUAUUUCGUUUGAACAGAGCAGUCAUACAAGCAUCUUACCUACAUACAACGGGACAGAAAACAUUUGCUACAAUGUUGUCGAAAAGGUGUUUUAUGAAAUACUCUACAAGGGCACUGCUGGAAUCAUGUCUAUAGAUAUUAAAAUUCAUUUGACUGACGUGAGGAACCUUAAUAUUCAUAUGACACAAACCUUCAGUACAGAAUUUAAACAGUCUAAAGGAAUUCUAAUGCGAAAGAGUGGAAAUCCUGGCUAUGUCAGAUCUGAGCCUAUUAUCGCAGGAACCAUGGAACAAUCAGUCACUAAUCAGAAGACUGUCCAAUUGAUUAAAUUGAACUUAGAUAGAAACAACUGGCUGACACUUCCCAUGAGCACAGCCAAUGGAGAAUGUUCAAGAACAACACGGGUGCCUGUCAAGUUUGGUCAGGAGAUUCGUACUGGAUGCUUCAUCAGGGUCUCUAAUAAUGAUCUUCGCACUUUGUGUAAACAAUUACAGAACCAAACUACUAAUAUCUUGUUGGGAAAUUCAGUUUACACACAUGUAGCAUCUUUUGGUAAUACAUCAGUUACAGAUGUUGGUGAUUGGGUGCCAAUUUUGGGAGUGAAUAGGCGGCCUGAGCUUUUGCCUUUUGAAGACAGAUAUUGUUCAUUGGCACUCGGGUUACAAAUUCAGGUCAUAUUUGCACAAGUUGGCUCAAUCAGUAAUCCUCAAUCAAAGAUUCUUGGAGUUGCAUAUAACUUUGAACAAAGGAGAAAAAUUUACCCACAGUGUUUGGGUCACUUUUGCCAAGGGACUUCAUUUCAUCUCCUGGAGCUUGUUGGUUCUGUAACAUAUGUUGAUGCCUCCCAGCCAGUGGUAGAAAUCAUUGCUGAACCGCCAUCUUAUAGAUUUGGUGUCCCAUUCGAUUUCUUUUAUCCAUUUAUAAAUCUACGUCUAUCUAUGUGCGUACUACAUCUAUUCUAUGUCUAUCGAUCUGUCCCCGUUGCUUCUGUGCAAGCUCCUCUCUGUCCCCGUUGCUUCUGUGCACGCUCCUCUCUGUCCCCGUUGCUUCUGUGCACUCUCCCCUCUGUCCACGCUCCCCUCUGUCCCCGUCGUCUCUCUACACGCUCCCCUCUGUCCCCGUGGCUUCUCUGCAAGCUUCCCUCUGUCCCCGUGGCUUCUCUGCAUGCUCCCCUCUGUCCCCGUGGCUUCUCUGCAUGCUCCCCUCUGUCCCCGUGGCUUCUCUGCAUGCUCCCCUCUGUCCCCGUGACUUCUCUGCAAGCUCCCCUCUGUCCCCGUGACUUCUCUGCAAGCUCCCCUCUGUCCCCUUUUUAUGCUCACUUCACUUCUACAUCUAUUGAUCUGUCCCUGUCACGUUUGGCCACCUCCCCACUCUUCACUUAUACAUCUAUUGAUCUGCCCUUAUCUAUCAGUACUCAUUUUUGUUUGCUGCAGACUUCUAUGUCUAUCGAUCUCUCCCUAAGUUAUCAUUUCUGUAUGCUCCCUCAGUCUGUCUUUAUCAUUUCUGUGUCACAGCCGACCACCUCAUGUCUCUCUGACCCAAUUGUUUGUGUCCCAAUUUGCCUUGAUAUCUAUAUGUCCCUGGUGUUUCUGCAUCCUGAACUGCCUCCACAUCCAUCGAUCUGUACCCACUAUGUUUGGGUCAACCACUCUCUCCUUCUGUUUUUUGAACUUAUUCAUUUCUCUUAUUAA